CGUGCGUGACAGCUUUAAAGCCUACUGAAGGGCUCGUUCCCAUGGGAUGUCACUGAAAUAUACAUAGCCCGCUGUCAGUGUUUCUUCAGCGGGAUGAUCGAUUUCCAGGUACGUCCGUCACGGCCUACACUCGCAGUCUCCUCCAUUCUUGAAUCUAACCUUGGACAUUCUUCCCACAACGCAAAUGAGUCGACACAGCAUCUGGAAGCGAUGACAUAAGCAUGUGCGACUCAGAGGGAUCGAUGUCAUCCGGUACCCAGAAUUCAAUAGUGACCGUAAACAUUGACGAUUUAUUGAACGUUAUUGAUGAUGAAGAUUUCGAUCCGGACGAAAGGGACAGAAUUCACGAUCUACAGACGUUUCUUAUGAAAAUAUGCCACAUGGGACUCGACAACUACGGUGAACGUGCCAUUUUGGACUCACUGGACGCAAAGACCCCGGAUUAUCACGCUCAAGAUGCUCAAGGAAGGACAGCGCUGAUGCAUGCUUGCAUUGCCAGGAAGUCAAACGUUGUGCAGUUUGUGACGUCACGGUGUAGUGACGUCACACAGCGAGACAAUGACGGAAAUACGGUGUUGGUGUAUGCGAUCCGGAGCGGGGACUCUGAUAUAAUAGAGAACAUACUUGAUUGUGAUCUAACAACAUAUGAGCUACUCAACGCCAAGAACAAUAUAGGUUUGACAGCAAUGGAUGUCGCCCAGAAGAAAGGAGACCCACACAUCAUACAGUUGCUGGAACAUCGCAGGCCCGCCCACCCCAGUGUCAAACAACUUCGGAAGCGGACGGACAAAAGACAACCUCGGCUCCCUCCGGCGGCUGUUCCAACUGCGAGUAAACCCCUGUCGUUAAAGUCACAUAACACCAACGGGAAUCCCCGCCUGCCGUUCUACCACAGCAAGUCAUUGGAUACAAGCGACCAUGUGACUAAACGUCAUCUUCCCGAACGAGGUUUUUCAGCUGACCGUGCACCUUUUCAUCAAGCUCAAUGUACCAGUGAUACAGAGUUACAUCGUCAGUCCGACAGUGCCGCAUACGAUGACGUCACACCUCGGGAUAAUGACGUCACACCCCGGAAUGAUGUGUGCAGUGACAGAGGUCAAAUGUCAGGUCUGCCUCAAAUUGCUUCACGAUUUGUAGAGAAGGCAAGACAUAUUGACAGAGGUAGAUCUCGCAGAGACUCAGUGUCGUUACCGGAUCUACGAGAUUUGAAUGGGAUGUUAGUGUCGUCAGGAACGACAACUCCCUUCUCACGAAAUGGGAGCCGUUUGACUUUAACAUCACAAGAAUCUUUAGACGAAGAUGUCUUUGCGGAGGACGCUCAGAAAAGGAAAGAUUCUUCAGUUAAGAAAUUGCCUGUUCUUAUCCCCAAAAGGGUCCUUAACUUAGAAGCAAGACAAAGGGGUUUUGCAAGGACGAGAAAGAAAUCAAACAGUACUGAAGAUUUUAUUCACAACAGUAUAUUAUUUUAAGCCGCAGCAUUAGGAGGUCAACCAUAAAGUAAAAGAUUGAUGGGGUUGUAGAGGAAGCGAGGGCUGGGGGCUGUGUUUCGAUUACUGUUUAAAUCGAUCACGCAAUAUAUAUGUGUGACAGGAGAGGGUGUGGAGUCUGGGAACAUAUGACUUUCCCUCUUUUGUAGCUCAACUAACUGAAGGUCAAGAGCGUCCAUGUCGUGGUCCGAUGGUCCAUCGCCCCACGUGCGCCGUCCGCCCGUUGCAUACGUCUUCUCUUCAAGUUCCA